AUGAAGAAAUAUCUCUAUAAAAACAUUCAGAACAUAGAGACUGAUGGUGAUUCACUGUUUGGUGUCUCAGGUCUGAUUAUGGAGAACGGGAUCAGCAGCACCUCCUGGAAUCCUUUCUAUUCAAGCCCACAGAGUCCAGCGAAUGGAGAUCGAGAUGGUAGCAACACAAUCAGAGAAAACAACGUGUUACCGAACGUAAAGAGUUUAACCAAAAGCAACGGCAUUCAUCAGACGCCUGAGUUUCCAGACGAUCCUUUCCCAGCUCCAGACUGGGUUUUGUUCCCUUCACCUGAUUUUUAUAGAGACAACACACCGAAUGGCUUUCAAACCACAUCAGCAUCAGGCGUUUGGGGUGAAGACACAGACAUUUUCCAGCCUUUUAAAGAGAAAGCAGACCCUGAUGUGUCACACAGCAGCUCAGCCAAUCAGAACACAGAAUCCUGCUCUUCGUCCAAUCAGAGGGAUCCUCUCCUGGAAUUCAUCCAAUCCAGACAGAAGAAAUUCCAAGCCACGCCCUCCCCAGCUUCACCAUCCGAUCCUGCCAACGUUUUCCCAGAAACAUGCGCUAAAACGAACGUUUCUAAUACCAGCCCAGCAUCUGAUGAUAUUUGCAAGACGUCCUCGUCCACCGCAGGAACCAAAGUCUCCGACAUCGAGGCGUUUGACCCUCUGUUUGACCCUCAGAACGAAGUUCAGUCCAAACACAAGAGCGAUUAUGAUCUACUGUUCACUCGUCAAGAUGCAAAACAAGACAUUGCUAUUUCCCAUGAUGCUUUGCAAAAUGGAGUCGUCCAAGAGACAACACCGUCCACAAACGUCUCAAAUGGAGACCUGAUGUCCAGGAGGCUCCGGCCCAAAGCUGCUCCUCGCAGUAAAGCCCUGAAGAGCCUCCUUCAGCCUCCUGCUCUCUCUCAGAUGACGCCGGCUGAGAUAGAGAGCGAUCUGCAGGUGUUUGAGGACGUUCUUCUCAUCGGUCAGAGGCAUUUCUAA